AUGAGUGACCGAAGAGCGAUCUACUCAGAACUGCAUCCAGACAAAGUCCUAAAGAAGCCUCCAAGAGGACUUUCGAGGCCUGAAACUUCUAUUUCAAUAAAUGACCGGGAGAAAAUCGACCCACAGUUAAAUCUGUCUCCACCCUGCUUCGUCAUCCGUGCCCCGUUGGUCCUCGCAGAUUUCCCAUCGCCUCCAGAGAAGAUCUUCACAGCGCUCCUGGGAAUCAUCCUCCUCAUCUCUAAAGCCUCCGUGCUGGCAGCCAUGGUUGCUGUUUUGCUCUGUAAAAUUUGUGGAGGCCACUUGACCUGUUAUGGAGUAAAAUGUUAUUAUUUUAUCAAGGAGAGUAAAGACUGGAACGGCUGUAAACUGACUUGUCAAGAUUACGGAUUGUCCCCUGUGAAGAUAGAUGAUAGAGAUGAACUGGACUUCCUUCGACUCCAGCUUGGUCAGUGUUAUUACUGGAUCGGGCUGUCAUCUGAUACAGGGCAAAAUGGAUGGAAAUGGACGGAGAGCAGCGCGUCUCCUGGAAUUAAUGCUAGAACAAUGCUUCCAUCUUCUUGGGAAGGAAAAUGUGCCUUUUUAAGGGAAACGAGAAUAUCAUAUAUUGCCUGCAGUAAGACCUACCACUGUAUCUGUGAAAAGAGAAUGGAUGCUACUUUCCCUGCUUCAGUGUGCAGUGAGGAGGAAAGUUUGUUAUGGAAACAGGGAGAGCUGAGCCCGAUAAGGAAGGAAAUGUUCCUUUGGAACUUGACUUAGAGAUCAGAAGCCAUUGUUCUUCAUGGAGAAGA